AUGAUAAGUGAUUUGUUCUGUGCAUAUGCCAUAUGCCGAAUAGAAAAUAGAAUAAAUCAAUGCAAAACUAUAUACAAAAAUAUAAUUAACUUAAUAAAAGCGUAAUAUAUUGAGAAUGAAUCGUUUAAACCUAUUUAGGUUGCGAUCAGUAACAGAUCAGUUCUCGGUAAAAAACAUAUCAAGAUGGAAGCCUAUUCGACACUUAUCAAGCUUUAAGAAUCCACCAGAUGCAGAAAGAAUACAGCAGUUUAGUAUACCCAAGGGUAUAUUGGGACAACCAACUUGUCAUACACACCCUCAUUUAAUAUCACACGGCAACCUAACGUGUGGGGUCACACAGUUAGAAUACAAGGAAAGGCGGGAAACUUUAGUUAGCAAGUUGGCUGAAGCAGAAAAUCUACAUAAAACUCAUGUGAUAGUUAUACCAGCAGCUAGAAAACAGUAUAUGUCAGAUAAGAUACCAUAUGUGUUCAGACAAAAUUCUGAUUUUUUCUACCUUACUGGAUGUUUGGAGCCCUCUGCAAUUCUUUUCAUGAUAAAACCAGCAGAUAGGGAUACUUAUAAGACCAUUUUAUUUGUACAUGAAAAAGACAGCCAUGCUGAGCUUUGGGAAGGUCCUCGCACAGGAUGCUCUGCAGCAACAACAUUAUAUUCUGUUGACGAAUCGCAGCCUGUUGAAAACUUCAAUAAUUUUAUGCUCAGAACUUUAUCAUCAUUAAAACCUGCAGUUCUCUGGUACCACAAUGAGAGCCCAGCUAAUCCUGACAUCCAUGAUGUAGUGAGAUCCUCUCUAAAGCAAGGCCAUGCCUCACUGGAAGACCCUCAGAAAUGCCUUCACCAAAUGAGGGUUGUGAAGUCACCAGCGGAAGUCGAAUUGAUGAAGGAAACAUGUUACAUUGGUUCCCAAUCGGUUAAUAUGGCUAUGGCUUGCACGAAACCUGGUAUAUCGGAGCAUGCUGUUUCAUCUGUGUUUGAAUAUACAUGUCGAAUGUCAGGUGCGGAACACGGGGCAUUUCCCCCUGUGGUAGCGGGGGGGCCUAGGGCUACUCAUAUACACUAUGUAGCUAACAACCAACUACUGCAAAAGGAGCAUAUGCUUCUUAUCGAUGCUGGCUGUCAGCGUUGGCUUUACAACUCUGACAUAUCUCGAACAUGGCCAGUCUCAGGGAAAUUCUCCGCACACCAUAAAAUACUUUAUGAACUUGUGCUUGCUGUACAGAAACGUCUAAUAGAGCUAUUGGGUGAGCAGAGACCGCCAUUGGACCAGCUAUUUGACCAUAUGUGUAGGCUUUUGGGUCUCUAUUUGCAGCAAGAAGGAAUCUUACCUAAAAAUAUUGACGCCAAUGAACUUAUAGGGCGUGCCUACCGCCUAUGCCCUCACCAUGUAUCACAUUACCUUGGAUUAGACGUUCAUGAUUCACCACUUGUUCGUCGUAGGAUUCCCGUUACUAAUAAUAUGAUAGUGACUGUAGAACCAGGUAUCUACAUAAGACCAGAUGACACAAGCGUCCCUCCAGAGUUCAGAGGUGUUGGGAUAAGAAUAGAAGAUGAUGUCCUCAUCACGGAUGGACAUCCACUCAUACUAACAGACACAUGUGUUAAAGAAGUUAAUGAUAUUGAGGCAAUAGUUGGAAAGCAAAAUAUUUAAUUUAAACAAGAAAAAUAGAUAUUUUCUAUGAACUCAUAGAGCGUAAUCAUUUAAAGACAGAUUUGUAAAUAAAAAUGCGACUUA